ACAUGAAGAUUGAAGAAACAUUUACAGUGAAAAAUGAAGAUACUGAAGAACAAACAGACCUAAUGGACUGUCUGACAUUUUAUGGACAUCCCACAACUACAUCUACAGCCUACAGCACUAUUGCACUUUUACCUGCUGAUCCAUGUGAUUCUGAGGUUGAAGAUCUAAGUGAUCCAGACAAUGAAAAUGAUGAAGAUUUGCCGCCCCCUCCAAAGAAACGGAGAAAGAGGAACAGACUUGUUGAGGCCUCUUUAGACCUCUAUCAAACUCCCUCCCCUUCUACAAAGACCAGAAAGACCACAUGGGUCAAGAAGGACAUUCCACCUUUCACUGUGCCCGAGCCGGUCUUCAUGAUUCCAGAGUCAGUCCAAACACCGUUUAUGUAUUGGAAGAGGCUCUUCACUGACCAGAUGAUUGAGCACAUAACUGAGCAUACCAACCAGUACUCAGUUCAACAGACCGGGACAUCCAUCAACACCACAGUUUCUGAAAUGGAAGAUUUUUUGUCAGUUUUACUGUACAUGGGAGUUUUUAAAUUUCCCUCUAUAGAUGAUUACUGGGCCUGUGAGUCACGAUUCCCACAAGUGGCUGAUACCAUGUCAGUGAAGCGUUUCAAUGUGCUACGAAGAAAUGUCCACUUCAAUGACAACUUCCAGAUGGAGGGCUGCACUGACCGCUUCCAUAAGAUCCGCCCUCUUUUUGACAUGUUCAGAGAACAAUGCCUUCUCAUUCCCCACACCAACAGGCAGAGUGUUGAUGAAGUGAUGGUGGCCUACAAGGGCACCAGAGCUGGCAAACUCAGGCAGUAUAUUCAAAACAAGCCAGAUAAGUGGGGGUUUAAGAUCUUCUGUCGGGGCAGCUCCUCUGGCAUCAUCCAUGACUUUAUAUUGUACCAAGGGGCUACAACAUUCUUCAACAUUCAAGAGGAAGAGCAUGCACAUCUGGGCUUGGAAGACCUCCACCUAGGUGCCAAGGUUGUCUCAAUUCUCUGCAGCUCUAUCACACACAAAGAGGAAACUGUGGUGUUCUACAACAACUUCUUUACCAGCUUCAAUUUGGUGAAGACACUGCACACCAAUCUGGGUCUGAGAAGUGUGGGUACCGUCAGAACAAAUCACUCAGGUGGUGCAACAUUGAUCAGCGACAAGGAGAUGGUGAAGCGAGGCCAAGGUUUUGUCGAUUUCUGUUCAUCAGAGGGAGUCAUUGCAGUGAAGUGGUUCGACAACAAGUGUGUCACCUUGCUGAGCAAUGCUUGUGGGGUGGAGCCGCUUUCUUCAGUGAAAAGAUUAAAAAAAGAGGCACAACAGAAGGUUGAUGUCCCCUGCCCAUCCAUUGUUCAGGCAUACAAUCAAGCCAUGGGGGGCAUCGAUCUCUCCGAUAUGCUUGUGCACCUCUAUAAAACGCCAAUGAAGGCACGGCGAUGGUACCUGCCUUUGUUUGGGUACAUCAUUGAUGUGAGCAUUGUGAAUGCAUGGCUUGUCUACAAGCAAGACUGCAACCUUCUUGAACAGAAACCGAUGCCCUUGAAGAAGUUCCGCCUGUCGGUGGCAGCUACGUUGAAGGGAGCCAACAAGGUACCAGCCAGGGUUGGCCAGGCACCAAGUGCAAAGCACAAACCAGAAGUUCGUCGUCCUAACCCCCGAGUUCUCCAUCCCAGCCUGGAAGUCCGCUACGAUGGCAUUGGACACUGGCCAACAUUUGGCACUCAGCGAGGGAGAUGCAAUUUGUGCAAAGGUGGAGUGUCACGUUGGCGAUGUUCCAAAUGUGGAGAUGGGAAGCUGUUCCUUUGUUUGAACAACAAAAAACAAUGCUUUGUUGCAUAUCACCAGAGGUGAUUGUGACCAGAGGUGAUGUUUAAUAUUCUAUUCUAAUAUUUAUUUUAUUUCAUUUUUUACAUUGGAUGCAUUUAAAAAAAUUUAAAAAUGCAUCCAAUGCAAUUUUUUUUAAAGAUUACUCUGGAUGUAGAAUAUAGUUGUACCUUUGUUUAAAAAAUGCCAUAUCUCAUAGAUCAAUAAUUUGUUCUAUUACAUUGACUAUUUUUUGCCAUUUGUUUUAUACAGAUUGUCACUAAAUCUUAUUUGUUUAUUAUUUGUUUGUAAUAUAAUUUAAAUGUAUUUGUUUUUGUAAUUGUUUUUUCUUGUAUUUAUUUAAAAAAUGUGAUUUCUAUUAUUACAUUAAAUGUUGCACUUUUUCAAUGCAUUAAUUGUAUGUGUCUAAAAGACGUAGGCUAGUAAGAGCUGUGCAUGUAAACCUCACUCCUCUGAUCUCAAGAGAUGCUCUAGUGACUGACGCUAGAGGUUGCAGCCUUUAGCCUCCUUGUUAGAGUGUCCGACUCCCAUGUGGAUGGGCCCGGGUUCGCGUCCCACUUGGAGCGGGCAGGUGUGAAUUGGAGGGGCUAUGUUGGUGCCGUGACCCGGAUGGGAGUGAGGUUUAGAGGGGUGAGUGUAACAGACAUAGGUUAGUAAGAGCUGUGUGUGUGUAAACCUCACUCCCCUGAUCUCAAGAGAUGUUCUAGUGACUGAUGCUAGAGGUUGCAGCUUUUAGGGUCCUUGUUAGAGCGUCCAACUCCCAUGCGGAUGGGUCCGGGUUCGGGUCCCACUUGGAGCUGGCAGGUGUGAACCAGGCUACAUGUGUUAUAAUAAGAACAUGUUUUUUUUAAAUUAAGUCAUGGAUACAUGAAGUUCCAUGGAUGGAACUUCAUCUUAAGUUGCACUCAUGAAAAACUCUAUUAAUGCCUACUGCUUGUUAGUUAAUACAAAAGAAAAUUACCCCAGUUGCGCAAGUCAGCCAGCUGGUAUCCACUUAGUAAAUGGGUCAUCU